UUUCUGUGGUUCGUAACAGCAGCUCGCUGUGUGCUCCUCCGGGUGUAUUUCUGUGCCUGGGCCCCUCCUCCGGUCGGUUUGGCCGCUGCUGGAGGUGGAUGUCGCUGGCAGAGAGUCUCCAGGACAGGACACAACUAGGUAGAGCUGGCCAGAGAGGAGGAAAACAGAAAAAAAGAAAAAGAAAAAGUGGGCGAUGUUGCAGCAAGGAUCCCGUUUAUGGACGCUGCGGGCAGGCUGCUGAUAUCGGUCCGGUGGCUUUGUGGGCGCUGUCAAGCUGAAAGGUUAAGGUAGUCUCGGAGCCGCAGUAGUAUUUUUAGAUCUCUUCUUUGAGGUACACACACAAAAAAAUGUCGUCUCCAAGUCCGGGCAAGAGGCGAAUGGACACCGACGUGGUGAAACUCAUUGAAAGUAAACACGAGGUGACCAUCCUGAGUGGACUGAAUGAGUUUGUGGUGAAAUUCCACGGACCACCUGGAACACCGUAUGAAGGAGGCGUGUGGAAAGUUCGAGUGGACCUACCGGAUAAAUACCCUUUCAAAUCGCCAUCAAUAGGUUUCAUGAACAAAAUCUUCCAUCCCAACAUUGAUGAAGCGUCAGGAACGGUGUGUUUAGAUGUCAUCAACCAGACAUGGACAGCUCUCUACGACCUCACCAACAUCUUCGAGUCCUUCCUCCCUCAGCUGCUCGCCUACCCCAACCCCAUCGAUCCUCUGAACGGGGACGCUGCCGCCAUGUACCUGCACCGACCGGAGGACUACAAACACAAGAUCAAAGAGUACAUCCAGAAAUACGCCACAGAGGAGGCUCUAAAGGAGCAGGAGGAGGGCGGGGGCGACUCCUCCUCCGAGAGCUCCAUGUCAGACUUUUCCGAGGACGAGGCUCAGGAUAUGGAGUUGUAGUGAAGGCGGAGCCGUCCUUCACCCCGCAACAGACUGUCAUUUCCUUAAGAGCAGAAACUCAGUAACUAUAUUCGUAUUUAAACAAACGGGACACUUUUUUUACGGCAACACAAGGAUUUUUAUUGCCACCCGAGGUUUUGCAGUAUGAAAAAAAAAAAAAGAAACAAAAACAAACAAACUCAUGUUUAGGAAAUCACCUCCAUCAGCUCAGCGCUCUUCAUCUUCGCUCAGAGAGAUCAGAACGAAGUGCUGCUUUAUCUCCACGCUGCACCGUAAAAACCGACGCGGGACGACACAUCCGCGCCACCUCUGUACUUGUCUUCUGUUGCCGUCUUUUCCUUUUUAAGGGCAGAGCUGGAGGACGGAUUUGGUUUUGAAAUCAGCCUUGUUGUUCCAUCGCCACCUGGGAUGAGCUGGAUUGCGAAGCUGCAGCGGGUCGCGGAGCGCUCCGGACGUCGGCGCUGCAGACGGUCUUUCUGCGGAAAGAUGCGGACGCAGCUCGCGCUUUCUGACCGCAUCAGUGAGCGUGAAUCUCAUCCUUCGAUGCGCUGGGUUGCUCUGGCCUCUGAUGACGCUCAGCAGAAAAUCGAGGGGGACCCAUAAUCAAUAUCCUCUGUUUUCCAGCACCCACCUCCUCCUCCUCCUCUCCGUUUUAGGAAAGUGUUUUUUUUUUUUUGCUGCCAUUCUCUGAGUAUCUUUGUGUGUUGUGGCAUGGCACAGAAGUAAAGUUUGUGUUGGCCUUGGUGGAGCAGUGUCACUGUGGGCAUGAAGAGGACGCCUCUGUCUCUGAGGUCUGUGGGGAUUGUUGUUGAACUUAACUUUGCCUAUUGCUUGUGUUGAACUAUAAUAGGUGUCUACCAUGCGUAGGGAUAGUUGGUUUCUUUGCAGGUGGUGAAUCCCAUCAUGUAUGGAUGGUUUAAUGCUUAUAUGAUAAAAAAAAAAGUAAUUCCUUUUCCUGUUGAAGAUGUGGAGAGUUAGAGCCUCUUCAUCCGUUAAAUUAAUCCCCUCCAAAGACAUGUUGCGCCCCUUAUUUCUCUGCGCCGCCUCAUGUAAAUGUGUCCGUCACAUUCAUGCUGUCGGCAGUAUGUUUUUACCAAAAAAAUAAUAAUAUCGGGACCAAAAAUUAAAUUAUUUCAUGUUCCCCUCAAGGGUUGAACUCUAAAAACACUUUUGGAAAAAAAAAAAAAAGUCUUGGUUUACCUCUGCAAAGCUUUAUGGAUCUGUGGGCGACAGAGCGGGGAAGGUGUCUAUGGUCACUCUUAAUGCAUGGCGAAUCAGACUUUUUUUUUUUCUUUAAGCAAAAAAUAUCCAACAUACGUUUCACUAAAAAAGGUUAAUUUCUUGCUGUUUGAAUGGGAAGUGAUUGUAAUCAGACUCCCAUUAAAACUCCCCUGACUAGUCUUUGUCCCAAGUACACUGCAUGUUGGUGUUAGUCGUAGGACAACAUGAUGUCAAGGUUUUCAAAUGCAACAAUAACAAGAGAGAGAGAGAGCCCCUCGCCCACCCUGUUUGGAUGUCAUCAGGAUUCAUCGCUGUAUAUCAUUUUUUUCUUUUCUUUUUUUUUUUACUAAUGCAACACAAUGUUUGACGCCUAUAAUUUGUCUGAAUGUUUUUAUUUUGAACUUUUAAGCCCUAUCCAAGAUAUCCCUGAUUUUAAAAAUGGCAAAAAAAUAAAUAAAUAAAUGUGCUUCCCUUGUAACUCAAAGAAAGAAAUAAACAACAAAAAUAUA